AAUUCAAUUCCGGACCGCCUGCGAUGAGGGAUCGCCGGAACACCAUUUAUAACUUCGAUAGAAGGGAUUGCUAUCCACUGCGAGCAGCAAAGAAUCUUGAUUGAAACCUCGAGUGUCUUCUAAAGGUGAGUUUGAAGAUUUCAUUUGUGUGAAAUCGAUGGAUUUGAAGGCGGUGCACUGAUGUCAUUGUUCUGGAUUGUGAUUCGCCAAUUUGCAGAGAACGAAGCAAUGGCCACGUCAAAGAAAGUUAUCACAAGGGAAGAGUGGGAGAAGAAGCUCAACGACAUAAAGAUUAGGAAAGAAGACAUGAAUAAAUUGGUUAUGAAUUUCCUUGUGACCAGAAAUAGAUCUUGCAACCAUUACAGAUAGAAUGGCUGUUAAGAGGGCAGUACAAUGCGGUAAUGUUGAGGAUGCAAUCGAGAAAGUGAAUGAUUUGAAUCCUGAGAUAUUAGAUACGAAUCCCCAGUUAUUUUUUCAUCUACAACAGCAAAGAUUGAUAGAACUAAUUCGUAACGGAAAAGUAGAAGAAGCUCUUGAAUUUGCUCAGGAGGAGCUGGCACCAAGGGGAGAAGAAAAUCAAAGCUUUUUGGAAGAGUUGGAGCGAACAGUUGCGUUACUUGCUUUUGAAGAUGUUUCCAACUGUCCUGUGCGAGACCUUCUGGACAUCUCUCAGCGCCUGAAGACAGCAAGUGAAGUUAAUGCGGCCAUCCUAACAAGUCAGAGUCACGAAAAAGAUCCGAAACUGCCAAGCUUGUUGAAGAUGUUAAUGUGGGCACAGGACCAACUCGAUGAGAAAGCCACUUAUCCUCGCAUAAAUGAUCUAUCCACUGCCAUGCUUGAAGAUCCUGCUAUUUGAAAGACAUGUCACCUCAAAAGAUUUGUUAGAAGGUGUCUCAGUAUAUUUGACUGAUACAUCAUGGAAGAAAAAAAUUAAUGUAGGUUGUGCCUAGAAAUGAUCAUUUGUAGUUCCCUCCGUUCUUUCAUCGUCGUUGUUUAAACUUUCCUCAAUUACUUGACUGGGCGCCGACUGAUGUGGCGAUUGUAUAAAAAUGGUUGUUGGACUUCGAUUCUUCAAGUAUUUUACUGUGUGAUAUUUGCGUA